AUGCAAAAUACAGAUACAAAUCAUGCAAAUACUGCUAAAAAAAUCAUUGGCUACAUUGGCACACGCAAACUCCAGAAGAAGAUUCUUAACAUGCUUUCUCCCGAAUACUUGUUAUGGUUAAAUGAAAAAGUUAGUGAGAUCCUUAAAGCUGAACCUAAUGUUGUAUUCACACAAGGCAAAUUCGUACUUGUUGGUGACUUACACGGCCAACUCAAUGAUCUCGAUCGUAUUCUUCGCAAGACUUGGGCAGAAAAUACACAAAAGUAUCUUUUCCUUGGCGAUUAUGUAGAUAGAGGCCAAUACUCACUUGAAGUUAUUUCAUUGUUAUUCACAAUGAAGGUCCUAUUUCCAGAAAGAGUUCUACUUUUAAGAGGAAAUCAUGAAAGCGCUUAUUUGACAUCAGUCUAUGGAUUCAAAGAGGAGUGCAUUAAGAAGAGGAGCGAAGAAAUAUACAACACAUUUGUUCAGACCUUCAACAAUCUCCCUCUCUGCGCUGUUCUUAAUGGAAGAAUUUUCUGCGUCCACGGAGGCAUCAGCAAAUACAUCGAAACACUUGAUGACAUAAUGAAGAUUGAUAGAUUUUGCGAUGUCCCUGAUAAUGGUCCAAUGUUCGAUCUUUUAUGGGCAGAUCCUGAUGAAGAUGUUGAAACAUUUGCUGACUCCGAUAGAGGAGAAACAUUCAUAUUUGGAUUAUCUCCAACUCUUGACUUCCUCAAUAGAAACCGCCUUUCAAUCCUCAUUCGCGGCCACGAGUGCGUUGAUGAUGGAUAUGAAUAUCCAUUCGAAUACAUCGAGAAGGAAGGAUGCAAGAGACUCCUUACGCUCUUUUCAGCUUCCGAUUACAUCGAUUACGAGAACGAUGCCGCUUAUGCUAUUUACGACAGGAAGUUAGAAUUCCAUAAUCUUCCUUAUCUUAGAGAGCGCAGCUAUGAAAGAUUCAAUCUUAAUAACGAUCAAGAGCAGCAAUCUAUCCGCAGCCUUUAA